CAGGAGGCGGGGCUCCGCGACUCGGCGGGGCGUGGCCGGGCGAUGGCGUCCGCGGAGCCCAGUGGGCCUGCGGCGCGGGCGUCCCUCCCGGGACCCCGGCCCAGCGGGACCGGAGCGGCAGGGCCGCCCUCCGGGCGAAGCGGCAUUGGAGUCCCCCGGCUGGGGGAGCGGACCCCGGCGGCUGUGGAGAAGCGGGGGCCGUACAUGGUGGCGCGCGCGCCUUCCAUCCAGGCCAAGCUGCAGAAGCACCGGGACCUGGCCAAGGCAGUUCUGCGGAGAAAAGGCAUGCUGGGGGCCGCGCCCAAGCGCCCCGACUCUUCAGGGAAAAGGUCAGUGAAGUUUAACAAGGGCUAUACUGCUCUUAGUCAGAGUCCAGAUGAAAACUUGGUGUCCCUCGAGUCUGACAGUGAUGGAGAGCUGGAAUCCAGAUACUCCUCCGGGUAUUCCUCUGCAGAGCAGGUGAACCAGGAUGUGAGCCGGCAGCUGCUUCAGGAUGGGUAUCACCUGGAUGAGAUUCCAGAUGAUGAGGACUUGGACCUCAUUCCCCCCAAGCCUAUGACCUCCUCAACGUGCUCCUGCUGCUGGUGCUGUCUUGGGGACUCUUCCUCCUGUACCCUCCAGUAGACGUAACCCCCUAAGAUGGGUCCUGCUCACCAUGCCUGCCAGAGUCCUGUUGGCCCUUCAUCGGUCAGAGUGGAGUGAGAAGUGCUCUCAAGCCCAGAAUCACUGGAGACACUGACCCUCUGGGAAAGUCAGUGACCGCAGUUAUCCUAUACCUGGUGUUUCUCAGGCCAGAGGCCCCCAUCUGGGCCAUAGGGUGAUAGUUGGAAUUCUGUAGUUUUCCUCUACUGUUGGAGAAACCACUUUAAUAAGGGCAGGAACAGAGGAAUUCUGGUUCUUAUGAUGAGUGACAAAGUUGGCUAAGAGAAAAACUUGCAGACGUCUUGACUGGUAUUUGCUAUCAUGCUCUAUGGAGGGAAAAGGAGAGCUUUUGUGCCUAGGCUGUGCUGGAUGGUGUUUUAUGGGGCAGAAAAUAGCACUUUAUGGCUUGCAGCGGGGAGUCUUUGAAAAAGAAUUUAACUGUUUGGGACCAGUUCAGUUCAAGAAAUUCCAUACGCUCUCCUCUUCCUAGCUCCAAGAUGGGUUACAUGUUUGACCUUCAAAAAAGCAUAAAGCAGGGCCCUUUGGCCCUCUUCCAGUUGUUCCUCUUUGACUAUAGCAGGGAGUACAGUAGGUUGCUUGAUGGCACAGCCUUGUCAGGGCUUCCAGAAUCCCUGGAAGCAGAGCAUUCCCAACUGGCCCAACUGUCUGGGUGAGCUUAGUAACUUGGUCAGUCCAUCCCUAGAGAAAAACUGCUCUACUAUGUAGACAGAAUUUGUCUUUCCUUGGUUGCUAUUCUUCACUUGGUCUUAGCUAAUAUCUUCACCCAGUCUUUGAGCUAAAGUUGGGUGAAGGUUCUAGAGCUCUCCCAGACGCCAGCAGUUUUUGGUUGCCAGCAGAGGGAGCUGCAGGAAUAGGUAGGUACCUUCCCAUUUGUUUAACUUUUUUUAAGUUCCCUGACCAGGGAGGGUUCCUGCAGUGGAAGCACGGAGUCCUGACCACUGGACCACCAGGGAAGUCCCUCAUUUGUUUAACUUUUUACACUUGAGCAGCAAUGGGUGGGAAGUAUACUGGUGCAGCUGUGUGGUCUUUGACAUAGACAGAGGAUCACAGACAGGAUGAGGAAGGACCUGUGAAAGCUCCCAAGGCCCCGCCUGAGGAUAUGAUCUUGCCAUUGCAGACGGCCUCCCUUCACCCUAGCAAGAACCAUUCUGUUGCAUCCAGAUUCCUCUGACCACAGCAUGGGCCUCACGGUGGAUACUCAAGACUGGGCUUUGGGUGCAACACAGCCUCUCUCAGCCCCCAGUCUGAACAAAGCAAAGGCAGACAUAAUCUCCCCUGUGAUGACGCCCCCCUCCCCAUAGCAUUUCUUGCUAUACCAGACCUCCCUCUGGAAUUUAAUUUUCCAGUGGUUCCUUUUUUUUCUUUUGCCUUAUCUAAAACCAAAUGGGACUGAAUGGGAGUGGACAGGGCUCCCAGCCUAAGGGGUAGGGCAGUCAGGAUUGAGGUACGGCCCCAAUGUGGGAACCUGCCCAGUCUGUUGCUUUAUUUGGUUAGGACAGAGUAGCCUGAGACAGCUGCUGGGGGGUGAGGAUGGCAGUGGGACCCCAACACCAAGGCCCUCCGGUGGUGCUUGUUAUAAAGCCACGCUGGUGUAUUUGGCUGCACCUCUCCUGGGAAUGUUUCAGAGCUGACUGACCCUGUGUGGGAGGCGUUACCUUUGUAGCAAAAGUUGCAAGAACACUGUACAGCAUAGCAGGGUAGAAGUGGUCAACUGCUUGGGGCUAGAAGCCACAGGCUAACAUGUCACCAAUAAAGGCACCAAGGUGUCUAGAACCAACUGCCUUAAUGAAGAGUGCUGGGUGUCCUGUAGGCAACGGCACUCUGGGGAGACGGGGGUAUUCAGGCUGACCUCACAUAUGGGAGUGGAACUGUAUGGUGUUUACAGAGUACAGAACUCUUGGCUUCGGCUUCUACAGCUCUGUAAGUUUGUGAGAAUAAAUACAAUCAUGCUA